UUUCAGAUCAGAGCUCUGGCCCAGCUGGUUAGCUAUUUUGGCUGGACCUGGGUGGGGGUCAUUGGCGUGGAAUCUGAUUACGCUCGCUUUGCUAUCCAGCUUUUCCUGCAGGAGUCAGUGCAGUACGGAGUGUGUGCUGCCUAUACUCACUUCUACCCUGUAAUCCUGAGUCAGCAUGCUCUAGAUGAGCUCCUGGAUGUAAUUCAGAUGGCUUCUUCAAAGGUCAUAAUUAACUUUAGUAGUGAAUCAGAAAUGAAGGGCAUUCUGAGCGAGAUGCAACGUCGGAAUAUAACCAGCCUGCAGUGGAUUGCCAGUGAAGCUUGGGCCACUGCCAAAUCUCUCUGGGAAAAGUCUAAAGAUCUGCUAACAGGAACACUAGGAUUUGCAAUCCAGAGAGCUGAUGUGAUUCCAGGGCUGAGAAAACAUCUUGCCAGUCUUGGAUCGUCCAAUAUUCAUGAAUCAGCUUUCUUCACAGAAUUGUGGGAGGAGAUGUUUAACUGCCGACUGAAUGGGUCUGUGAAUGGCCAUUCACACAGUGGCGACAACUACCUUGACAGAUUGCCAUGUAAAGGGACGGAGGAUUUAAAUGAUGUUUACUCUCCUUAUUCUGAUGUGACGCAGCUAAGAGUGUCAUAUAAUGUCUACAAGGCUGUAUAUGUGGUGGCCCAUGCCUUACAGGAUAUGAGUAACUGCAUAGUCGGAGAGGGGCCUUUCCUUAAUGGUGCAUGUGCAGACCCAAAGAAUGUUAAACCUUGGCAGCUAAUUCACUACAUGAGGCUAGUUAAUUUUUCUGCGCUGGGAGAGAAAGUCAACUUUGAUCACAAUGGUGACCCCAUUGCUUAUUACGAUCUCAUGAACUGGCAAAGGAGGCCUGAUGGCUCACUGCAUUUGGUAAAAGUCGGUUUCUAUGAUGCCUCUUCACCUGGACGCAGCCUAGUCAUCAAUGAGUCAGUGAUUCAGUGGCCUGUUGGGAAGCAGGCUUUCAAGUCUGUAUGCAGCAACAGUUGUCCUCCAGGUUCCCGCAUC